AUGUCGGUCGACGCGCUGUCUUUGGCGUGCAAUAUCAUAACCGUGACUGACUUUGGCCACAAAUUCUACCAAACUUUCCGCGAUGUCUAUAGAAAUGGUGAACCAGACCCGACCGCUGAACAUAAAGCGAAGGAGCUUGCCAUUCUAGCGGAAAGUCUCAAGAAGUCACGAGAAAAGGCUCAUCGAUCUGUCCCCAACGAUGACCAGCUCUUCAGGGUUGCGGACAAAUGUGUCGAGGCUGCCACAGAUCUUCAUACAGAGAUGUCAAAGCUUGCUCCAGCAGUGUCAACCUCUCGCACUCUACAUGUUUUGCAGUCAAUCAAGUGGGCAGCCAAGCGCACCUGGCGCUACAAUCGUAUAACACAGCUCAACAAGUCGUUGGAUGAUUGUGAGGCCACGAUGCAAAAUGCUAUUCUGCUCGAAAUGUACGAAUCCGGCGAAGCAGAUCGGGUCAGGCAGCUCGAUGACUUCAAACAGCUCGACUCUCGGCUGCAAAACUUUGUUCAUUCCGUUUCCAAGCAACACCUCCAGGUGUCCCAGCUCUUGGUGGAGAACAAGUCUUUCCACCAAGAGACCCAGGCUGUCAUCCGCCAAGAAGUAGCAGGUUUGAAAAAUGCGAAGAUUUCAGAGGUAGAGGCCCAACGACUGAGGACCAGCCUCCAGUUUCCCGAAAUGAACCAGCGAUACAAUGAACUAAGAGAGGCACACAAGAAAUCAUUUCGAUGGCUUCUUGGCGAUGCCUUGGCAACAGGCGCAAAAGAUGUGACUCCUGAUAGAGACAGCGGCCGUGGCAGCGACAGCAGUGAUGAUAUUCAUGAUAUCAAUGAGGAGCCUAAUUACCUCCGGCACUUGCGUAAGGAGACUUUUGGCGACUUCAAGCAAUGGUUAACCUGCGAGCCCAAUUCAAAACUGUACUGGGUUAGCGGAAAGCCCGGGGCGGGUAAGAGCACGUUGAUGAAGUAUAUUUGUCAGCAAAUUGGAAACCAGAAUGCCGUUGACGGGUUAAAAGUUGUCAUCCGUCAUUUCUUCUGGCUCGGAACAAGCAAUACGCGCUCGCGGCACAAUGACAUGGAAAGCAUGUUCAUGACGCUUCUUUAUCAACUCUUGGAGUGCCAGCUGCCUGAGAUACCUCUUGCUGCAACAAUACUGCAGCAGGCCCCAUACAUACGGCAGAAGAAUUAUCCCACGGACUGGAGCCUUGAAGAGCUAGAAGAGACAACGCGCUUGGCGUUGCAAAUACUUGGCAGCCGCUACCCAAUCUACAUUCUUCUAGAUGCACUUGAUGAGCAAUUGCCGGUUGCGGAGCGCGGAGAGUUGCUCCAAAUUAUCCGGAAGCUUGAGAAAGUCCCUAAUGUUCGACUCAUUAUCUCAAGUAGACGGGAGCGAAUAUUCGACAAAAGCUUGGCAGGUUCUAGACAGCUUAAUCUCCAAAAGUUGACGGCACCAGAUAUUCAUUAUUUCGCGUUGGAUCUUUUGCGCGAUGAUGUGCAUUUUGACGAUGGUUAUUCAGCAAAGUUCUUGCAUGAUAUUGUUAAGAAGAUUGUUAUGAAAGCGGAUGGUGUCUUUCUCUGGGCUCGACUGGCUGUGCAUAGCGUCAAACGUGGUCUCAUCGACGGAAACUCUAAAGAUGAGAUAUACGAGCGUCUCAACGAUAUGCCCACAGAGCUAUCGAACUACUUCCAGUCUAUCUGGAAGCGGCUGGGAGACGAUCAGAAGAGGUACCAAACUAUAGCCGCCAAUAUCUUCUCGCUUCUUCUCUGUUCGUCCUGGGAGAUUCCGUUCUUUAUCUGCUGGCCAUCCUACAACAAACAACACAUGAAGGGAACUAGGGGACGGGCAUAUCACAGAGCCAUAUCUGCUGAAACGAUACCAACGUCUGGAGGAAAUCAUUUUGUCACACUGCGCUGGAUUGAUCGAAAAAGAUGA